AUGAAUAUGCGUGGAAUGGCCGCAAUGGUGACGUCUUGUAUUGGUGGAAAGGACGAGAAAUUUGCAGUUCAGGUGCGACUUGCUGCACCUGCAAAUGUUUAUUUCGUCUACAAGACAAUGGACGAAUUUGAAGCACUGUGGAGAUCAUUGGAAACUCUUACACGUAAUAUUAAGCAACUUGAUACUAGUCAGAACAGUCAGGAUGAGGUUAUGGAUGAGAAGAAGAAGACAAGGAUCAAGUCGAGUCUAUUGGCCAAGUGGUUGAGUAGUAUUGUGGAUCAUUACGCAUUCCGACAGAGUAUUCGUGAUCUCCGAGCGCAGGAGAAAGAGACGAUGAGCACACUGAAUGUACUAUUACAGUUCCUUGUUGCACGUGUGUCUGCUAUUGUCGUAGAGCACAGUCUAUUGCACUGCAACUCAUGCACAGUGGGAUGUGAACUUGUCAAGGUCGUGCGUGAUUUCCUACAGCAGCCAGUUGCUAGUACAAGUGACAAGACUGUCGUAAACAAUCAAGUGGUUGUUAGUAACCUCAAGGAUGGACGAAAACGGUCUUUUGAAGAAAUGCGACCUGAGGACGGUGAAGAGCAGCGCAGUAGUUUGUUUCCAACACGGAGUGGAAGUGAUCGGAUUGUCAAGACCCAAAAGAUAUGCGGUAUGCGUGAAUGGGCGAUUCCAGUUGUAAGCAAGUUGGAUAUGGUGGCACCUGUAACGUCGAGACGUCGCGUAUUUGCCGAAGUAGAGUUUUGA